AGGAAGUGCGGCUCAGUCUCCGAGUGUAACAGAGAUCGGCGCUGCUCUCUCGGGAUGUCGGGACUGGCCUUCGCAGCUCUCGUUCUUUGUCUCCACAUAACGGCGGGUGAGUCUCGGCAGUUUACCAUUCUCGAGUUCAGCCAGAUAAAUGUCACCGUCAGGAGAAAUGCGUUCUUGUCGGUACGGCCGUCGGCCGUGGUCACCAGUGGAAGCUGGAAUUUUAAUGGGAGAACAAUCGCCCAGUGGAUCGGCCAAACCGUGUCUAUUGACAACGCCUACACAUCGCGGGCUGAGCUAUUCACGUCCACAGGGUCGCUUCUGCUGAAGUCGGUGAAAAUGUCUGACGGUGGGGAAUACCGUGUGAAUAUGGUUCCAACUAGUGGCUCCAUGACCUCAGCGACUAUCUCUCUGCGUAUCAUUGAGACAGUGACCGGGGUUGCCGUGGUGACAAAUAAUUCCACUCCCCUGGAAAACCUCGAUACCAUCGCACUGAGUUGCGACGCGUCGGGCACUGUUCAGACACGGACAUGGUUCAAGGACAACCAACCCAUCCGGGAAAACGGCAGAAUAUUUACAUCUCCCGACAGGGCGAAACUGACUAUAAUCAGCGUGAACAGAAACGACGUCGGGACGUACAAGUGCAUCGCCCGCAACUCUUUCAGCAAUGGCGCUGGAGAGACCUCCGUGGAGGUUUACUGCAAGUACACAGCACCAAAAACAGAUGGAAAUAGUACCCUCAGCCCUGGAGAGUUCGCGCUCUGUGUAUUUGUUGUACUUCUCAUGAGCCUGUGCAGAGCAACCUGUAAAUGGUGCCUCAGAUGUUAAGCGCAUUUCUCUCCUAAUCUCGCUUGUGAUAAGCUGCAGACAGAGGCACGUUUCGCAGUUGCAGUCGUCAGCGAGAAGGGACGCCUCCCUGCAAAAGGAGCAUUCAGCUCUCCUGCCCGACAUCUCCACUGUCUCGGCGGAGCGGUUAUAAAGUGGGUGGAGGGGACAAGACCUAAACGUCGCGCUUUACUUUCCUUUGCUUUCUCUGCCUGAGGCCUCAGCGAUCUCAAGAUGACCACUCUGACUCUGUCCAACGUCAUGUACUCCGAGGGUUCAUUCUUUCUGUAGACUGUCCCUUUAAAACGCCGAAAGCAUGAGACUAAC